AUGCACGAGCAAACGAAGCACUGCGGUCGACGAAUCGAGGCUCGAUUUGAUUCGAUUCACUCACUACUCACUCACUCUUUGCUGGCAGACUGGGCAGCAUCGACGGGCGCAACAGAACCGGAUUUCGCUGAGGAAAAGAAGCAGAAGCAAGAUGAAAGUUCAGCGCUCCGCGUCGAAGGAGUUCCGGUAUUGGUUCCUGUCGGAAAUGGGCUGUCUUUGCGUGGUCUUGGAAGUCGCAACAAGCAGUUUUUCGAAGUUGACGGACCUACCUGGAGGGACUCACAGAUCACCGCCAGGUCUUUCCUCUGGCCUUCAUGGAUGGUUGGGUCCAAUCGAGAGCCCGCGAGUUGCUGGGCAGGGGGCGACAAAGGAGGCAGUGCAAACCACACAGGAAAGUGGGCUUGA